UGUGAAGCAAAAAUGGAAAAAGAAAACUUUCUGGUAGGUGUUGUCUUGAUCUCGGAUUCCAGAUUGAUUCGCUGACGAACUCGCUCUCCGAUUUCUCUGCUUCGUCUUCCUCUUCUUCUUCUGGUCAUCCGGAAAAGAUGAACGGCGGUCCCUCCGGUUUCAGUAAUGCUCCGGUCGCGAAAGCCUUCGUCAUAGCGAGUGCCAUUUUCACCGUGUUCUUCGGGAUCCGGGGCCGUUCCUCUAAGCUCGGAUUGUCUUACCAGGAUAUUUUUGAGAAGUUCCGGAUCUGGAAGUUAAUCUUGUCGAUUUUCGCAUUCUCGUCUACCCCAGAGCUGAUGUUCGGCUUAUAUUUAUUAUACUACUUCAGAGUUUUUGAGAGACAGAUAGGCUCGAAUAAAUACUCGGUCUUUAUCUUGUUCUCAACGACCGUUUCACUAUUACUGGAGACCGUCUUGCUAUCACUACUUAAAGAUCCCACAGCAAACCUACUUACCUCUGGACCAUACGGCCUCAUAUUUGCGUCAUUUGUACCCUUUUACUUUGAUAUCCCGGUUUCAACAAGGUUUCACGUGUUUGGUGUGCAUUUCUCUGAUAAGUCCUUCAUAUAUCUGGCAGGUCUCCAGCUUCUACUAUCAUCUUGGAAAAGAUCUAUAUUUCCUGGAGUUUGCGGCAUACUAGCUGGUUCUCUAUACCGGUUGAAUUUCCUUGGCAUCCGCAAGGCAAAGUUCCCUGAGUUUGUGAGUUCAUUCUUUUCCCGGCUUUCUUUUCCAUCAUCCAUUGGGAGCUCUCCUCGAACUCCUAGCAGGAAUGUCCUCGGUAGUGUGUCAACUCAUCCGGGUCGUCAAACCGAGUUUCAGAGAUCUUUCCCAGCCUCAAUCCCGCCAUUGGAGCCACCAGAGGAAGCCAUAGCAACGCUGGUCUCGAUGGGUUUUGACAGGAACGCAGCAAGACAGGCUCUGGUCCAAACCAGAAACGAUGUCAAUGCAGCCACCAACGCCCUUCUCGAAGCACAGUCCCACUAACUGGGAAAAGGCUGGUCUCUAUAAUUUUAAUGGCGAGAAUUCAAGAACAGCGCGAUUGAUUUCCCCACGUGAGAGAGAUCACGAGCAAGAAGACAGAUGAUCUCUGCCUUCACCAAAAAGCUGAUACGUUACCGCCAUCCACAUGGUCGGGCUAAAGAUUUGACAGUUCCUUUGGUAUCAAAGUUUUAGGACAAAGUGCAUAAGUUGUGUAGCAGAUGUGCAGUCUUUGCCUUUUCAUAGUUGGAAGAAAAUGUCGAGAAUCUUUUUAUACUCUGGCCACAUAUCCUCAAGGCUAAUAAGCAAUUUCUGAA